AUGAAGGAGCUCCACCUCCAGGGCUGCAGAGAGAGAUGUUCUCACUCCUCAGGGCAGAAGCUACACCCUGAGCCCUUUUGCUAUUCAAAUGAACCAAUUUGUUUGAGUGUUGCUAGGGACGCUGAGUGUCAGGUUACCGUUGCCAAGGCAACCGGGAAUCCGCAGCGCGCGCGGUCACGUGACUGGUUUUGCAGCGCCAGUAAAAAUGGCGAGGAUGAAACAGGAGCAGCUACACGAGCAGAACAUGCGCACAGAAACCUGGUGCUGUGUAGAAGCAGACAGCAGGGUCUGGGAUCGUCCUGAGAGGAGACAUUUUGUCUGUCACCUCCGAAAUACCUGCGACUUCCGCGCCAUGGUGACGCCGAACCCGGAAGAGAGAGCUUCAUGGAUGACGAGAGGAACGAGUUAUCGCGAGAAGAGGCAUUAUGACGAGAGUUAUAAAUCUCAUUUCAUCUGAACAACUGCGAUCAACCUCAUCUCUUCCAAAACACCUGACAGUGUUGUAAUAAACGCACGUACCAUUCGAAUGUGUGUUUGGAGACUUUGUUUUUUUUUUUUACUUUCUUUCAUUUGCAGUGUGUCAGUGGAAGUGAUGUUGAACAUCUGUACAGUCCUACACACUGAAAAACUAAUCCAUGGA